ACAUAUUUCAGGUGCCCGGACAAGUAAAAUUGGAUGCAAAAAUCUAUUCCUUUUCACGUUAUAUUUGAUAAGUAAUGCUUCUUUGAUAUAUUCAUAUGCUCCUGACUAUUCCAGAUUCUUUCUUAUCCCGUCACAUUAAAGACGUUUGAAAUGGCGCGGUUGGUAGCCGUGUGCAGAGCAGAUGACUACCAGUUUGAUAGGAGACAGCUACCACUAGUCGUUGAUGACAACUUGAAGAUGGUUGUACAGUUCAGUGACAAUUGUGUUGACUGUGAAAAUGUUCGAGGAAUUAAGAGAAAAGAACUGGAACAUUUUGUCCAGCGAUUUAGUAUGCUGUCCAAGGAUGAGAUAGCUAUGCAGAUGAUGGUCACAAGUCAAGACAUUAUGAACAUGUUAUCACACAUGGUGCCCUGUGUGGGGUGUAGACGAAGUGUGGAAAGGUUAUUUAACCAGCUAGUGGAAGGUCAACAUUCUGCAUUAGAACCUCUCAUCAUUACACGGAAAGGUGUUAUGUCUGUUAACAGAGAGUUUCUGUGUGAUCCCAAGGCAUUAUAUGCAUUAUUUUAUAUUCAUGGUGCAAAGCUUAAUUCCAUGAUGGAUUCCAUUCCGAAGAGCAAGAAAAACAAGCGUUGUAAUCUCCACUCUUUGGAAACCCACAAGAAUCGAACAACAGGGAGCUGGAUUGAUAUCUGGGAUUUAUUAGCUCAGGAAUGUCGUGAGGAGGUCGUUCUAGUGGAUGCUGAGAGCCUAUUGGAGACUUUGGAAAACUAUCUGAGAAAACAUAGGUUUUGUUCUGAGUGUAAGGCCAAAGUUCUCCGUGCCUACAGUAUUUUAGUUGGGGACCUGGACUGUAACUCAGAGAAGGGUUACUGCGCCGUUCUGUAUGAGGGCCUGCGAUGCUGUCCCCAGGAGAGACACAUCCAUAUGCAGUGUGAUACCGAUUUUAUUGCUCAUCUCAUCGGCCGAGCCGAGCCAGAACUAGCAGGAGGGAGUAGACGAGACAGGCAUGCGAAGACCCUGGACAUAGCUCAGGAGGAAGUCCUGACGUGUUUAGGAAUCCACAUUUACGAGAGGCUUCAUCGUAUCUGGCAGAAAUUGAAGGCAGAGGAGCAAACUUGGCAGAUCUUGUUUUAUCUUGGUGUUGAUGCACUGAAGAAAAGUUUUGAGAUGGCGAUGGAGAGGAAGCAGGGAAUCUCCAACCUGGAGCUGAUCUGUGAGGAGCUGUUAGAGGAGGAGCGAGCCAAGGAACAGAAAAGAGAGCAGAAACGGCAGAAAAGGAAGAAAAAGAAGGCCAAGUCCUCCCAGAUUGUGGACCCGGGGGAGACCCAGAGUGAGGAGCCCCCAGUCCUGUGUGAGUGUGAUAAAAAUCAGUCCAUCAGUAAUGAGAAAGGGGCGCACAAGUCCUGCUCAGAGAAGUGUGGGGUUUAUGGUGAUCAAAAUUCCAAUACGACACUGGCUUCCAUGGAAAGCUGUAGAACUGCAGUGACGCCCGAGAGGCAGAUGAAGAACGGGAGUAUGAACAGUGAUUGCGGGUAUUCCUCGGACGUUGAGGGCUGCGAGUGUAGCAUGCCUAGUUCUAACGAGGGCUCAGAUAUUCUCUGUGAUGGCAGGUGCAGUAGUCAUGAUGGUGGAGACAGUGUCUGCGAGUCCUUGAUUGACAGUCACUGUUGUUCCAAUUCUGUGUGUCACGGUCCUCCAAAGAAAGAAGACCAUAGUCACUGUACACACAAACCUAAAAAUGAUUCAUCAGCUCUCAGCGUGAAAUGUAAAUGUGCCAACGAUAGUCCUUCCUUUGUCAAGAUGAGUCUCCAGGACAUGUUAGAGGCUCCAUGUACCUCUGAUGACGAAGAUUUUAUUUCUGAGGAAGAAAUUCAGCUGUUCAAGGCCAAUCAGUCUAACCUCCUACUGAAACGGCAAGAACUGCGAGAAACAUUGCGGAAACGAUUCGACACACUCCAACAGCAGAGAUCACCAGACAUGUCUAGUCUUGAUAACGUCAUGCAGAAAAUGUGUAACCUCUAGAACAACAGCAUUGUCAGGCAAAGUCUGUGAUCAGCUUUAAGGCUUUCCCAUAUGUUUGAUUUUUAUUCCUGAGUUUUUUUCAAGAACACAUGCAUUAAGAGCUAUUUCUGAAAGUACUCUAUCACAUUUUCCUUUCUUUUAUCUUGAUUCCUACAAAUUGUCAGGAUUUUUCUUCUGUACAAUGCAAGUACAUCUGUGCUUUGUUUUAAAGCUAUGCUAUGAGAAAACACUUUGUAAAACGGGCUAAGCUUUUUAACAGUGUAUUACACAUUUUCAUAUUCCAGCUCUGUUUUUUACUAUUACCAAUUGCUCUCUAACUAAAUACCUAGAUCAGUGUAGUUCAUUACAUAGAUCUUGAUUUUAAAAGGUCUGUUUCAAAAGAACUACACUCUUUGUUAUCUAUGGGUAUGAAGCAGUCAAUUAAUUAGAAUAUUUUAGAAAGAAAGAGUCAUUCCUAGGAAUUCUUGACAAAACCAUUGCACAAAUGUUAAUUCCUUGUUUGAAGUGCUUUGACAUAUUAGGUCCAAGUGAAUUGUGGGACAGUUUGGAGCCAAUUCAAAGAUUACGUAUUGGUUCAAAAGGAUGGGGUUUUCAUUCUGUGAUAAAAACUUGGUACAUGUAGAAUGCAAUUAUACAAUGUAGAUAUUAUUUAUUUAAUAGUAUAUUUAAAUAAUCCAUUGGAUUUGAAAAUUUUUGAAGAAAACAAAACUGACAAAUUUUUUUUUCUUCUAAAAGCUGUAUUAUAUUGUGAACCACUUGUGUUGCUGGUUUAAAUCUGUGUUUUUCGUGAGAUUGGGAUAAACCUUACCUUGUCUUCAAGGGUUGCUUUGAAAAACUUUUAAGAGAUACAGAACGAUGUUGAACGUUUUCAUGAAUCAGCGAAACCUGUGGAUUUAUGAUUUUUUUUUCUCCCACAGCAAUAAUUAUGAUUAUUUUUUUUUUGCUUGUCAAUAACAUAAAACUACAAGUUAAGCCUGACAGUGGAAUGCAUGUAAAUGAUGAAAUACAUGCAUGUAUAUUUAUCCAACUUUUAUUGUCUGGUUGAAUUGUGUUUAUUUUUGGACACUGCUGCAUGAUUAGAAUAGAAUUUUUGAAUAUGAAUUCUGUUUUAAACAGUUAUUAUAUGACUUGGGUUAUCUUAAUUUGUUGCUCUGUUUCACUGUAUCAUUGAUUUCAGAUUAAAGGUGAGAGAUGAGCACAAGUGGGUUCACAUUUUUGUAAAGGAUAUAUAAUAAAGAAAUAUGUACAUGUACUAAAAAAAA